AUGUUUCAAUUUCAUAUCACCUUCAAGCCUUACAUUUUUGAAUGUGCCCUGAAUGGCACUGUGGAUGUUGACCGCAGUACCGUUGUGCUUGCUAAUGGCUCAGCAAAUUUGUCGCUUAAAAAAGAAGCUCCUUCAAAAUGGGAUAACUUGGAGUCUGAUGAAAUGAAGAACAAGGAGGCCUUUAUGAAGAUACGCCAGGAUGCCAUAGCUGAGGUUCAAGCUCGUCAAGCUGCACGUGAUAAAGCAAACCGCACAGAGAAACGUCUUGGCGAGAAGGCGUCACUGCAGGAAAUGAUGAAGCUUGAAGGGGCUGAGCGCAGUCGCUAUGAGGAGACAAAGAAAAUGACCACCUUUACGGCGAUGCAGGAAUUGAUUGAGCUGCAAAAAGAGAAAAAACGGCUUGCGGACGAGAAAAACGCACAAAUCACAGAGGCGAUCGCCUUUGCCAGGUCGCGCUACGGUGAUGCGCGGGCCUUGCCUGCCACCAAGACCAGUCAAAACAUUUUUCAAAACUCUGAGAAACUGCACGUUCCAGUUCGGAGCUCCGACAAGAUCUGCAUUUCGUUCACACCGCGCGUCUUCCCUACCCCAGAAAGAGAAUCGAUGAAGGAGGAUGAGGAGAGGUGGCUUCAAAAUCAAGCCGAACAGAGGCGAAUUUUAGCCUCAAAGGUGGCUGAAAAUGGCGACCUUUCCGAGGCAGAAAGAGACCCCCUGUGGCUUCAAAAGAAGGCUGCAUCCCUCUUUAAAGCUGGCGACUUCGAAGCUGCCGCAUUCGCUUACUCGGAAGCACUGAAACGCGCGCCGAAAAUGUCGUCUCUUUAUCUGAACCGAGCUGCGUGUCACCUUCAAACGCGGAAUUUUUUCAAAGCCCUUGAAGAUGCAUCGACAGCGCUUGACCUCCUCAAGCCACCAGUGCCACAGAACUUAAAAUCUCGAAUCAAAGCCCACGUUCGGCGUGGAGUUGCAUUCUGCAAUUUGGAGAUGUUCAAGGAGGGCAUAUCUGAGUACGAGGCCGCGGCGAAGCUUAAUCCGGACGACGAAUCUGUACAGCAGGACUUGGCCAGACUGAAAGAAAUGAUGGCAAGACCGAAGCAGCGUGUUCCUCCCCCUCCCUAA